AUGUCCAUAAAAGCAAAGGAAAAAAAUACACCUCGUCUUCCAAGUGAUAAAAAGAGAAUACUGGCUGUGUCAAGAAAAGGAAAGCGACGGACAUUACCGAAUGAUGAGAAAAAAGGAGAUCCCGGUGAGCCAAACUAUUCAUCUGACGAAUGGAGCGAGUAUGAUGAAGAAAAAGGUAAAACAUGUUGUUUCUUUCCAAAAUCAAAAAGAUAUGAUGAAAAGCAUGCCUCUCCUCCUCCUUAUGUAUCUGUCCCUGAGAAAGCUCAUCCAAAACCUUCUCCUCUAAAACGGAUAAAAGACAAAGCCAAAUCAGAUAAACUGCCUGGCGAUCCCGUGUUUAAAAAACCAAGUCUUCAUGACACAAAACCUAGAAACGACGAUGUAAAUGAUGAUGAAAUGUCGGAAUUUUACUUAGAUGGUAAUUCGUCUGAGAAUGAAUUUGGCAAAACUCCUAAGAAUCGAUUAUUUGAUAGGAAAAAUAAUAAUUCCAGUUCCAAAUCUCAGUUAAAAAAUCAAGAUGAUCCCAGUGGAACGAAAGAUGGUGAAACGUUACAAAAUAGAAAAGAUUCAAACACCGAUUUGGAAAAAGUAGGAAAUGAUCCUGAUUCAUUUUUAUCUCCUCGCAUGAUAAACAUUCAAGAAAAACCAAAAAGGAAAUCAAAAAAGCAAACUGAUAAAACGGAUGAAGAAACCCUUAGUAGCGAAAACUCUGAAAAUGAUAGAAAAUUAAGAAGAAAACGAAGACAUCGAAGAAAACCAAAAGGGCGACCAUCUGAUGAUGAAAGCGAUUCUUAUUAUUCAUAUAGCGAAGAUGAUAGACCAUCAAACAAAAGAGGAAAAACAAAAAUUAUUGUUAUCAAACAACGGGCAAAAUCAUCAGAUACGAAAAGAAACUCACCUAAAACUAGAAAAAGCAAUAAAAUUGAACCAAAAGAGAGCAAGGAACCAACUGUUGGUGAAACCCUAAGAAAACAAAAUAAGUUAAACCCUUUCUUACGUCCAGGCGUAGAUAAAUCCGCCAAUAAUGAUAAAAUCAAGGGUGAGAAAACCCAUAAUUCAGGCUCAAACGAUUCGGAUAGCAGUUAUGACUCUGAUAACAGUUCUGAGAGUGAUGGCAGGAAAAAGGCGAGUAACAAAAAAUGGUCAGACAAAAAUGAGAAAAGAAAAAGUUUAAAAAAGGACCAAGAUGAUCAAAGAGAUGAAGAAAAUAACAAAAGGAAAAAGCAAAAAAGGAGACCAAAAAAUCAUUCAAAAUCUGAUAGUAAUGAUUCUACAGAUGAUGCAAGAAAACGUAGAAAGAAACAUAGAAGAAACAAAACAAUCAGCAAUGACGAAGAUUCACAAACUAAUGAAGAAAACGAAAGGACGGCGGGCAACAAAUCUAAACGAAAACCUAUGAAACAAGGAGAAUACAAAGACGAAAUUCUCUCGGAUGAUUCAAAACAACCACCAAUCAAUAAAAUACCAAAAAAUGUUGACACAAAAACGUUUGGAAAUACAAAAGACGAUAUUCCAAAUGGAUUAGAAAACGAUAUCAACCCGGAUAUCGACGGAAACACCAUGAAUGAAAUGUUACAGAAAAAUAUUGAUUCUCAAAUUGUCCCCAUUGUUCAAAACAACUAUUAUAUAGACCCAACUCGAAUGGGGAAUCCAGUCAAUCCGACUCAAAGUAGUAUGUCAGCUAGCAUGAAUGGACAACCGCAAAAUCAAAAAGGAAACAUGAAUCAACCAAAAGCAGAAUGGAAUAAAUCUGACGCAAACAACCAUCCAGUAUCCAUGACUCAUCCGACUGAAACGAAAAAUGCUUUACCCCGGACUUAUAACAAUGCCCCAGUAAAUGUGGAUAAUCUACCAGAAUCUAAAUCGUUGAAUCCGAUGAACGAAAAUGGAAACAUGAAAGAUGUUAAUGAAAAUCUCGGUAAUGGGGACCCACUAGAACCGUACAAAAGAAGAAAACUUGUUCCAAAUGGUUCAAAGGGUAAUGGUACUACUUUUGAGGAUGGUUCCUCGGACAAGAAAUUUAAUCCAUCAGAAACAAUGGGUCUGGGUGAUCCUAUCAUCCCACAUAAUCCAGACGAUCACUUUAAAUCAAAGCAAAACGAUUCAUCAGAUAUCCAUAAAAGCCCUGAUAAUACAAAUUACAAAGAACCAGAAAAUGUCCUUGACGUUAUGGGCCCUGGUGAAACAAUUGAACCGUACAAUGAUGGCAAAUACAAUCCAAGAAGUCAGAGAACUUUACCCAAAAACAUGAAGAACUUAAACAGAAAUAACACUCCAUCUGAAAAUCAGAUUAAUGACGAAGAUUUGACACCAAUGCAAGGCAACUUCAAUAAAAGCAAAGAUCUGACAAAUAUUCUAGGACCUGGAGAUCCGAUUAUUCCUCACGAAAAUAGUGAAGAAGAUGUAACAGAUUCUGAAACUGAUAUGAACUUCCCAGCCACUGGGUUGAAAAAUCAGAGAAAUCAGAACCCGGAGUAUAUUGUUAAUAACCCACCCUAUAAUAAUAUUGAUCCCUAUGAACAUCAUCCUUUAAGAGAAAACAGGAGCUAUCCAAAUUUUUCAAAUCCCUACGAUGAAAAUUACGUUCCACCACAGAAUCCUUACCCGUACAAUCCAAAUUUUAAUCCUAUUUACAUACCAAACACCAUUGGUGGUCCAAAACAGCACCAGAAUUAUCCUUAUGUAGCAAACGGAACAAACAACAGACACAAUCCCGAAGAAUUUGCCAACUAUCCAGAUACUCAACAUCAGUACAGUCCAAAGGGUAUAAGACCACAUCUGAAUAGUGGUGAUAACCCUUUUCAAGAUCAAAAUCUUUCAAAUCAUAGGGAUAAUCAAAACAAUAGGAGUUAUCCUCAUGUAACAACAGGACUUGACAAUGAUAAUAAUGGUGUUUAUCCUAAUAAAGGUCAAAAUCAUCCAAAUCCUAGAAAUAUUCCAUACGAUAGGAGUUAUCCCAAUAUAACAACAGGAAGCAUGGAAAGUGGACUUGGAAAUGCUAAUAAUGGUGAUUAUCCUAAUGAAGGUGAGACAUUUUCAAAUCAUAAUCCAAACAAUAGGAGUAAUCCUAAUAUAACAAAAGGGAACAAGGGAGGAGGACUUGACAAUGUCAAUAAUGUACCAAAUUACACAAGUAAACCUUUGCAGAAAAAAUCUCUGAAAGACCCAAAAUACUUUGAUCCAUAUACUUUGAAUGAAAAUGAAAAGAUACCAUAUCAGCGCCAUGCAGCACCAGAUAUGCAGAAUUCUUCUGAACGUAACUCCGGUAAGGGUAGACCUAAUCUUCUUUCCCCUGGCUACACCGAUGAUUAUCCAAACGAAAGGAUGCCUCUUCCCUACCAUGACAAAAGAAAUUUAGGUGAAGAAAACCAGCCCCCCAAAAGAGAAAAGCAUGGAUUUCCUAUUGAAAACCAGAGAGAGAAAGCUACAAAUCCUAAUAAUGAUAAUAAUAAUAAUGGAAAAACUACCAAUUCAUAUUUUCCACGAAGUAACAUGAAUUCAACCGAUCAAUCAAACAAAUUUUCAAAUGAUCCUUACCAGGAACCUAACAAGAAAGAUAAUCCUGCACAGUUUCAAUACAUUAAACCAGAGAACGCUGAUGAUUAUCCAAACGAAAGGGUGCCUCUUCCCUAUCACAGCACAAGGAGUUUAAAUGAAGAAAACCAGCCUAAAGAUGAAGAGAAGCAUGGAUCUCCUUAUGAAAAUAACAAUUUCCCCUCUGCAAACCACUCUGGGAAUACCAAACCCACUUUACAGUCUAAAACAAAUCAGAGCGGUCAGUCUGAAAACCCUGAUACAUUGAAUAAUAGUCAAAUACCUUACAAUGCAGAUCAAAAUGAUUUCGAUUUAUCAUUUCCAAUUAAACAGCCUAACAAGAACAACAACAAACCACAAACUAGUGAAAUAGGUCCUCCAAAAAGUUACAGUUCUAUAAAUCAAAAACCAGUAAAAAAGAAAGCACAACCCUUAAAUUCCAAUGUUACGUCAAACCCACAAAAGGAUGAAACGCAAAAACCCACAAGUAAAGGAGUUUCUAAUAGAUUACAUUCCGAACAAGACCCAACAAGAAGGAUCAGCAAAAACAAUAAAGAAGCAAACGAAAAUUCAAAGGGGGUGAAACAUAAAUUGCCAGAAGAUAACCAAAUCAAGUCAACUCAAGAUAAUCAACCCCAACCUAGAGUGAAUUUUAGUGACCCAAUAGGCCUACCACAAAGUUAUAGUUCCAUUCGUCAGAAGCCAAAAGGAGGCCAAGCCGUUAAAAUUGGUCAACAGCCUCCCAAUCUCAGUCAACAUUCUACGGGUACUGGAAUCAAUUCAAUUCCGCAUUCUAACAACCCAAACCAAGUGAAUCCUGAUAUACACAGCAAACCAAAAACUGAUGAAUAUUCAAAUCCUCUAAAAUACAAACCUACGAAAAACACGGUUAGUGCGCCGCGAUUUGAACCUUCUGAGUUACAUCACUACUUGUCUAAUGAUGAUUAUCAAUCCAAAGACAAUGCCAACACUCCUGGACCAAACAAGAAUGCACCAGGCAAAACUAAACUCGGUAAUAUCUCAAAUCCCAAUCAAUACAACUCUGAUGUUAAAAACAAUGCCCCGGAAAAAAAUCCAAUAUCACACAACAUGGGUCCAAAUAACCAGAGUGUGGUGCCUGAAGAUAUUAACGAUGGAAGACACAAUCCUAUGCACAAAAACUAUCCACCUGUAACAAAUUCUAACAACGGGGAUAAUAACAAUCAGCAGCAGCAUCAUACAAAUGAUUCACAGGAUCAAUAUAUAAACGGACACCCUCUUCAAAAUACUCACCCUGGUACCAGAAAACCCCAAGCAGUAUUCCCUAAUAGCAAUGGACAAUAUCCGAAUAGUUAUAGAAAGGAUCAGCAUAUUAAUAAUUCGGCUUCACGUGGUCUGGGUAAUGGUACAAAUGGAAGAGGGCUUCAGGAUCGGCAUCCAGAUUACAAUAAUCCUUUAGCUAAUCAAUCUAAAAACAUAAACCAAAACACUUUUGAUCGGUACAAUGUCGAUUCACAAAACGGCCAAAGCUCAGACGGUAAUAAAAAUGCACACAUGUAUAACAAAUCGUCAAAAGAUAAUGGAAUGCCAACAAGAAGUUACAAUGGUAGUAGUACGCAAAAUGAAAAUGAUCCAUCAAAUGCAAAUGCACAAGAUCAAAACGGACACUUGUAUAACGAAUCAUCAAAUGACAGUGGACAGACAGCUAGAAAUUUCAACGGAAGCAAUACUCAAAAUGGCAUUGAUCAAUCAACUGCAUAUAAUCACAAUAAAACGCCCCGUAGUCAAGGUAAGCAAAAUUCUGACAAAAAAGUAACUUUUGAACAAAAGGAAACAUCUUUAAAGGAGAACAGUUUACCAAAAAAUGAAAUAGAGCCAAAACGAUCGACGACCCUUAAAGGAAAAGAAAUGUGGGAUACGGCCGACAAGAAAAUGGCUGCGUAUUACCAUCUGACUCGCAUAGAUAAAUGGGACAUGGUGCAUGGAUACGACAACAAAUAUGAUAAGCAUGGAAAACCAGCGAAAUCUAAUAGCGAAAAAAUGAAGAAGCAAGUGAAAGACGUCGACCUUUUGUAA